ACUAAACAACCUGUAACUUUCUUUCUUUCAAAUAUGGCAGAAACAAUUGUCUCUGUUAUUGUUGAAAAAGUAUUGGGAAAGUUGAUAUCCCUUGCUUCUGAUGAAGUGUCUUUGGCUUGGGGUGUCAAAAAUGAUGUACAAGAGCUUGUUGACACCUUAACCACUAUCAAAGCUGUUCUCUCAGAUGCUGAGGAGAAACAGAUUCAUAAUCAGAGCUUGAAAGUUUGGUUGGGGAAGCUUAAAGAGGUUUGCUAUGAUGUAGAAGAUAUUUUAGAUUAUGUUGAGGUGGAAGAUCUACGUAAGCAAGUGGUGAAUCAUCGAAGCAUUAUAAGAAAGGUAUGCUACUUUUUUUCAUCUUCAAAUCUAGUUGCUUUUCGUUUUACGUUGGGGCAUAAAAUUAAGGAGAUUAAAAAGAGGUUAGCAAAAAUAGCAGCUGAUAAGAAUAAUUUUAAUUUCAUUGAGAAAAUUAGUAACAAUCAUGUUGUACAAUGGGAGAGGGAAACACACUCUUUUGUUCAAGUUUCAGAUGUUAUUGAUAGAGAUAAAGAUAAAGAGAAGAUUAUUGAAUUGUUGUUGCGUCCAAGUGAUGGUCACGAAAAUGUUUCGGUCAUUCCUAUUGUUGGGAUAGGAGGUCUAGGAAAAACCACACUUGCAAGAUUGGUGUACAAUGAUAAAACAGUGAGUGAUUAUUUUAAGUUGAAAAUGUGGGUUUGUGUGUCAGAUGAAUUUUCUCUAAAAAAGCUUUUGAUUGACAUUAUCAAUUCUGCAACUAGCCAAAAAUAUAAUAGCAUGAGUAUAGACCAAUUGCAAACAAUCCUACGUGAUAUUAUAAGAGAUAAAAAAUAUUUAUUAGUCUUGGAUGAUGUUUGGAAUGAAAACAAGGAGUUGUGGUAUGAUUUAAGAAAUUUACUAAUAGAGUGUGUUAGUGGAAGUAAAAUCAUAGUAACUACACGUAGUGAUCAAGUUGCUUUAAUUAUGUGCACUGCAUCAACAUACAAGUUAGAAGGUCUUUCUCUUAAUGAAUGCUUCUCAGUGUUUGUCAAAUAUGCAUUUAAGGAAGGGCAAGAAAAACAACAUCCCAACCUUAUAGAGAUUGGAAAAGAAAUUGUAAAAAAAUGUGUAGGUGUUCCAUUGGCAGUAAGAGCCCUAGGAAGUCUUCUUUAUUCCUCAACUUCUGAACAAGAUUGGAUAAAUGUGAGGGAUAAUGAGAUAUGGAAGUUAGAUCAAAAGAAUGAUAACAUUUUACAUGCUCUAAAAAUAAGUUAUAACCAUUUGUCACCUCCUCUAAAACAAUGUUUUGUUUAUUGUUCUAUGUUUCCAAAAGACUUCAUGUAUAAUAACUUAGAUUUGGUCGACUUUUGGAUUGGUCAUGGGCUUCUCCAUGCCCACAAUGAAAAUGAAGAUUUGGAAAAUAUUGGCAUGCAAUAUAUAAAAGAAUUAAUGUGGAGAUCUUUCUUUCAAGAUAUUGAAGAGGUAGGCAGUGGUACUAAUUUCUAUUUGUUUAAAAUACAUGACCUGAUGCAUGGUUUUGCUACAUCAUUAUUCCAAAAUGAGAGCUUAAUAGUGAACAGGAGUAACCAAAAUGGUUUCAAAUCUUAUCGACAUUUACUAUUUCACCAUUUUGAGGCAAAUCAAGUAGAGGCUCCAAACUUUUUGCCUAGGUUGGGUAAUUUAAGAAGUAUUAUGUUUUGCACACGUGUUGAAGAGAGUAUCAUUAUUAGCCAAUCAUUUUUAAAAUUAAUUGUGUCAAGAUUUCAGUUUUUACGGAUAUUAUAUUUAUCCAAUUUAGGUAUUGAAGCAGUACCUAAAAGAAUUGGUAAUCUAAAGCAUUUGAGAUAUUUGGAUCUAUUAUGUAACCAGAAAAUAAAAAAACUCCCAAGUUCUAUUUACAAGCUACAAAGUUUACAAUUUUUACCACUAGGUGAUUGCGAGAAACUAGAAGAGUUAAGCAGAGAUGUUAAGUACUUAGUUACUCUUAGAAUGUUGGUCUUAACCAUAGUGCCAAAGCAUCUACCAAAUAAUGGAAUUGGCUGCUUGAAUUCUCUUCGUUUUUUAUGGAUUCACAAUUGUAGCAAAUUAGAAUAUUUGUGUGAAGAUAUUGGUCGCUUGAGAGUCAUUCGAAGACUAGGCAUUUCUAAAUGUCCAAGUCUUAUCUCAUUACCACGUGGUGUAAGAAGCCUAAGCUCAUUAGAAGAACUUCGUUUGGUAGAUUGUGUAAGGCUUAAUCUUGAUUUGAGCAUAGGAUCAGAUGAGCAACACAAUCAUGAAGAACUCAAUAGCACAGGGCCACCCCUUCGAUUCCUUCUAAUUGAUAAUUUACCACAAUUGGUGAAAUUGCCGCAAUGGCUUGUUCGCUGUUCUACAAAAACUCUGCAAACCUUGCGUAUUCAAAAUUGUACCAAGUUGAAGGCACUACCAGAGUCGAUGCAAAAACUUCAAGUUCUUGAGGUUUGGGUUGUCCAGAAUUGUCAUCUCUGCCCGCGGAUAUCAAUCAUCUCAUCACUUUGAGAGAACUAAUAAUUGAAGACUGUCCUAAACUGACGGAAAGAUGCAAACCAGAAGCAGGUGAAGAUUGGCCCAAGAUUGCUCAUAUCCCGAAGAUUGAACUUGACGGAGAGAUUAUCAAGCCAACAGAAAAUUAGGAGGAUUUAUUCAUUUUACUUCUUCAAUUUAAGCACUGAUGUUCGAUCUAUUGCCUUCAUGUUUUUUCAGGAGGUUCUUCUCUUACCAGAGCACAUUUUCGGGGAAAGUUGAGGCUUCAUGAGGAAGAUGAUGUAAUUCGCUGAGUACUUUCAUUGGUUUUCUGGACUUUGACUCUAAUUGCUCUCUGCAAGUACAUUAUAACUGUCUUAGGAGCAGAUGAUAAUGGUGAAGGUGCUCCCAAAAGACCUGCACGUUUCUUAGUUUAUUUAUUCAAAGAUAUAUAUGUCUGCGUGUUUUUGGAUUCCUGAAGGGGCCUCAUUCCCACAGGCGGAACUUUUGCUUUGCAUUCUUUGCUUUGUCGGUGCGCAAAGCUGGGGCUUUCAAGUGCUCCUAUGCAACAGCGGAUGAUUAUUCUCCUUACACUCCUGAAAAGCCUCUCAGAGACACGAGGGGCAGUUUGCUUCUAAAGGAGUUAUUUGAUAAACAUCAUAAUUCUCCAGUUUUGCUGCUAUUGGUUGUGCUUUUGAGAAUCAGCAUGGUUAUUGGUGAUGGUACUCUAACUCCAUCAAUCUCUGAUUAUAAUGUAUUGAUCGCUUGACUGAUUUUGAUGGGGCUGUUUGCACUUCAACAUUUUGGGACGUAGAGGGUUGGCUUUGUUUUUGCUCCGAUCUUGUUAGGAUGGCUCAUAUGCAUUAGUCUGUUUGGUUUAUACAACUUAAUACAUUGGAAUCCAGGAAUUAUCAGAGCUCUUUCACCAUAUUAUGUAUAUUUCUUUCUCAAAAAGGCUGGAAAAGAUGGAAGGAGUUCUCUUGGAAGAGUUGUUCUGUGCAUCACAGGUGCAGAGGCCACGUUUGCUGAUCUUGGCCAUUUUUCUCAGCUUUCCAUUCGGAUUGCAUUUACUACUGUUGUUUACCCAUCUUUAAUUGUUGCCUAUAUGGGUGGGGCUGCUUAUUACUCCGAGCAUGCAAGGGACCUUGAGAGAAGCUUCUUCAAAGUCAUCCCCGCGGCUGUAUUUUGGCAAAUAUUGGUCAUUGCCACCAUUGCCACAGCUGUGGCAAGUCGGGCAAUUAUUUCUGCUACUUUCUCAAUAACCAGCCAAUUUAGAGCGCUGAGGUGCUUCCCUUGUGUCAAAGAAAUACACACAUCAAGUCAGAUACAUGGGGAGAUCUAUAUGUCAGAGGUGAACUGGAUCCUGAUGGUUCUGUGCAUUGCCGUUGUUGUUGGCUUCAGAGACACAGAUAUGAUAGGCAAUACUUACGGUCUUGCGGUCAUUGCGGCAAUGUUUGUUGCCACCUGCUUGAUGUUUCUUGAAAUUGUUACGGUUUGGAAGGGGAGUUUUUUGGCUGCUCUUGCUUUUGUAGUUAUUUUUGGAUCUUUGGAAUUGUUGUAUGUUACUGCUUGUUUAGGCAAAGUUCACAAGGGGUGCUAGCUUCCUCUGAAAUUUUCCAUCAUCAUUCUUUCUGUUAAGUGUAUUCGGCACUAUGGGACUAUAAAGAAGCACUCCUUUGAGCAACAUAACAAGGGGUCCCUCCAAUGUUUGCUCACUUUGUCACCAACUUCCCUGCCUGCCACCGAAUCCUCGUAUUUGUUACCAUCCAAUCCUUUACGGUUCCAAAAGUUCCUGUCAGUGAGCAAUUCUUGGUUACUCGCAUUGGCCUGCCGAAGUUUUGUUUUUGUCAAUGCAUUGUCUGGUAUGGUUAUAAGGAUGCCAGGAAAGACGCCCAUGCUUUCGAGAAUCAGCUACUUGAAACCAUAGCCGAGUUUCUACACAAAUGGGAUGAUGAUUGCAAUGCUGAAACUUCUAGGUUGAUGACUAUGAUUGAUUCAAGUCCGAAAGUGGAUGCAGGCGGUGUAAGACAAGAGAUUGGAGCUGUUGCUGGGAGUAAUCAGAAGAGAGUAAGAGCUCGUGACAUUGCAUGCAGUAAAGGAUUGCAGGAACUUGAGGAUGCUAGGGAAUCUGGUCUGGCAUAUAUGAUGGGCAAUACUUGUGUCUUGACAACUGAUGCAUCUUCAUAUAUGAAGAAGUUUGUCAUCAACAUCCUAUAUGGUUUAUUGAGAAGGAACUGUCGGCGACCAGCAACUGCACUUGGUGUGCCUUACACAUCCCUGAUUGAACUAGGAAUGACCUAUCAAGUCUAGUCUCAUAGGAAACCAACAAGUCCGGGGAACAGUCCGAGUUUUACGUGUUCUUGUACACAUUUAUUUAUUGAUUUCUGCAAUUGUAGGAAUAUAAAGAAGCUAAAAGAACUAGGAAUACUGUAAUUAUAUUAUUUUCUUUCUUAGUAAAAAAGUACUCUAAAUUCUUGUGAUUCUUGUAGACAUUAAACUUAACUUUGUACAAAUAAUACUGCCAUAUUUUCAAUGGAAAAUCAAUUGUGACCAA